CAUACCAACGUUUACCAAACAGACUGCGGCGACACAGACCUGUUACUUUGUUAUCUCCACGAUCAUUACAAUAUUUAACAGUUUAUGCCAAUAACGUCCAUACAGCAGACUCUUAAUAUAGAAGAAGUUGAUAAGGAUCAAGAAGAGGAGUCUGAACCUUCUGUGUUGUCCGAAAAUCAAGAGGCUAAGAACACGGUCUCCACACAGGAUAUUGAAGUAAACCCCACUAUGGAGGCCCGCGAGGAGCUCGAUGAGGAGCUCGAUGAGGAGCCAGCCUCGGAGAGCCAGCCUCCAGAGGAGGAGGUUGAGGAAAGUGAAAAGCUAAUCACUCCUCAGAGGAUGAUCAACAUGCAGAGAGAUUUGAUGACAUUAGUAACCAACAUCCAAGUUGCAGCUGACGCCAAAGAGUCCAUGCGAAGGACAGAGUUAGAGGAAGCUCGGAGAAUUAGGUUGGAGCGGCUGGAGAAUGAAGUCAAAUCCAGUCAGGAGAUAUUCCAGGAGAUCACCAGAGGCUGGUCGAUAGCCAAGCAGAAGGUGAUCCCUCAGGAUCUCCAGGAGGCCCUGAACAACCAGCAGCAGUUAUGUGCUGCUAUCAUAGAAGACAAUAAAAAACUUAUAAAAGACCUGCAACAGGAGAUGAAAGUUGGAGAUGAUCGUUUUGUUAAGGACUUGAGGAAGCAGGAAGAGGAGCUAGACCUGAUGAUAGAGAUGAUGAAGAACCAGAUCAAAACCCUGACAAAGGCCUACAGGGAGGAGCUGGCCCAGAUUUCGAGAGUUUAUCAGCUGGAAAGUGAAGUCUUACUUACAAAAGACAAGACUGAAUGGGAACAACGCAUUAUGGAACUUUGUGAGGAAGAGCUGGGGAGGUCAAUGGAGUGGAUGAAAAAAGUGGAGGAGUAUGAUGCAAAAGUUCAAAAUCACACGUUGGAGACCAUUGACAACAAUGGCUAUUUUCAGCAAAAAUGGAAUAUGAGCUGUCAGGUUCUGGAGAGACACCAUCAACACAAAAAGGCCAGCCAAAUAAUCACGGCUCUAAAACUAAUGAAGCCAACAGUUGAGGUACCAGUACAGAGAUUAAAUCUGAACCGUAUGAAGAAAAGGGCCAUCAGACUGGACAUAGAGAUUAGAAACCUUCGUACUAAGUCUUCCAGUGAGAACAAACAGUUUACAAAAAAGAGCCAGCAUUUGCCUGAGGAAUACAAACACAAAAUCCAGCAAUACGAACACAUUCAGAAGAAUAUCAAGCACUUUGCAGAUGCUGAUGCCAGACAAUUUGAGGAGAUGUGGCUUAUGAUUGAUGCGGAGGUGAAGCAACUAGUGGAGAGGGUUUUGGUCAUCGACUCGCUGAUCUGCAAGGAGCACCUUGGUUUAGCCUGGGAGCGAACUCCCCUGGAAUUCAUGGAGCUCUCUGGUCCCAUCCAGCCUCAGAAACAGGCCAGGAUGCCUGCCCGCCAGACUGUCUCCCAGCUGUUUCACGCCGGGCAGAAUUUACAGUGUAGUCAGAGGAUGAUGGAUCUCUCAGUUGGGCCUAGGCCGGAGACUGACACUGAGAGCAUGGAUAAGGAAAUGCACAAGGAAGGGAAAACGGUGCAGAGUGAGAGUGGUGCAGAGGUGGAGGAAGGGAAGCAGUCUUUGGAGACACUGAAAAAAGUGAUGGAGCUGCUGUGUGAUGAGGCGGGCUUCCUGAUGGAGGAUAAACUCCUAAACCUACUGGCUCCUCUGGAGAAGGAAGAACAGACUGUUGUGAAGCUGGGCUCUCUGCUUUGCUCUUUUGGCAUGGAAGAGGAGGAUGUGCCCAAGUUGGCUGAAUUCUUAUUAAAGUACAAACAUCAGCAGAGAGAAGAGACUGAGGUCAGGAGGGGCAGAGAUCAGGAUGUUUGUGUUGAGUCGGGUGAAUCCAGUAACAAGGAAGAGGAUUUGGAGACCAAGGCUAUGACUCAUUUGACCUCUGAAUUCAUCAAUCCUAACCAUAUUCUGCCUGCUCUAAAGAGUUUCCUCGAGCAGCACAUGAGGUCCAGGGAGAGCUCAGCGAGCCAAAAUCAUAGUUUUCAUGUAGAGGCCUGGAAUACUUCAGAGAAUGAAGCCUACUGGGAGAAUAUGGGCAAUAUAAUCUCUGAAGACAAAGUGAAACUCUGGGACGCCACAGAGAACACACUACAGCAGUACCUGGCCGUCCUGACAGAGAUCUCUGAGCUCGUCCCUGAGACUCAGAGUCUGGAGCAGGAGAACACAGAGCUGCGGAUGUUGCUGCAACAGUCUUUGAACUGAGUUAGAUGCCGUAAUCCAAACUCAACUUGGAAUCAGCAGAACUGGGACAGUGUGAGGAAUCUUUAGAGGAUGUGUAAAAGGAUUUAUAUUCACUGUAAAAUAAUAGAUAAUGGAGAGGUUGCAGUUUUUAUUUUUACAGUCUUAUAAAAAACAAAUAAUUGUAACAAGUAACUCCAAUAUUGGUAAGAACAGUUCAAAUGGGAUACAAAGUGGAUACAAAAUAGUACAAUACGGUGGUUUUAUCCAGCAGUGUUGAACAGCUUAUGGCUGAGCUCUGAGGGGAAAGAGUAGAAGAGCAGAGCCAGGAAAAGCAGACCCAGCACAGCAGCCAGCAGCACCGCACAGCGAAGCCUGUACUGCCUCCAGGCCAGGAUACACAUCGUCCUCACUGGGCUCAGUAGCCAUGACAUGCUGGUACUGGGACGACUGCACAGAGAGAUUCUGAGAUUAAACAGCACUCAUCUUCAUUCAUUAUUUCCAUGCAAAGUUCUGGAGAAUAUGUCACAGGGGUGGAAGCGUUAUUAGGAAUCCCACUGCUUUUCUUGGCGAGACCGGACCUGCGUAGCAUUCAAACUCAAGGAUUGGCCAGGCGUCCAUGCUCACCGAGGUACCGGUAAUUUGAUUUUUUCAGGUCCUAUGUCCUUCUCAAUGGCCUAUCAUACCCUAACUCCUCAAGAUCAAUGCCUAGUCCUAACCAAUCAUCUCUGCCUCAACCAGCCACGCAGAGUAGGUCUCUAGCCAAGAACAGUAGUGGGCUAAAUAAUUACGCUGGUGGAAGUAGGAUAUUACGAACACUUUCAUUACUAUAACAAAGUCAUUAUAAACUCCCACUAAGUCCGCAAAUCCUAACAACGAUCAAGUACCAGUCGGUGUAACGUAAUUUCAGGGACAGUGGCAGAGCACCACCAUGAAACUAGUUAUCUAAGAUGUGAUUCUCAACCUGACAGAGGCUUGUUAAGGGGUGCAUUGUGAGGCAGUAGUCGAGUAGUGUGUUAAAUGUAAAUGAGGUGAAGCACAGAUGAUUAAAAUUUAAUUUAACUAUAGUAUAGUAAAUGGUAUUUAUGACUUAUUUAUGUCACAUUAUACAAUUACUUUUUUAGUACUUUUAAUUACAUUCGAUACUAUGACAUUUAUUUAGAAUAUACUAUAACUUUUUUAAUUACAUGUCUGACAUAUUAUAGUCUGAGUUAAUAUUCCGACUUUUGAAGACCUUUUUAAUUGCAUACUAUACUAUGACUUAUUUUGAAUUAAUUACAUUUUUAUAGCAUACUAUACAUCUUUUUAUUACAUAUUUUGACAUACUAUACUGUGUACUAUGUUAUUAAAUUCUCACAUUACAUUUUAAUGGAAUACUAUAGUAUGCCGUUUUGUGAAAGGUUUUUAUGACUAUACUAUGACUUUGACUGACAUAUCAUACUAUAAUUUUUAAGGAAUUUUAAUGACACACUAGACUAAUUUUCAACCAUAAUACAAUAUUUUUCUCACUUUUUUCCAACAUACUAUACUAUGACUUUUGUCAUUUGACUAUAUUAUCACACUUUUUGACAUCCUAUACUACGUCUUUUUUCAACAUAAUGUACAUAAUGUGACAAACUAUAUUUUGUUUUUUUUAUGACAUAAUAUACUAGCCCCCUCCUCCCUUAUCACACUGAGUACUAUUCUGACAUUAUUUUAAUAAUUUUAUCUAUGACAUACUAUACUAAGCCAGUUUUAUUAUGACAUUUUAUUUCAUACUGUAAAAUUACUUUUUAUUACAUUUUCAUUGACAUUUUAUGACAUGCACAUUGUCUUUAUAUCACAUUUAGUUUCAUGAGGUAUGCUUUUUUUGAUGACAUACUGUUACGACUCUUUUUGACAUACUUUAUGCCAUUUUUGACAUUUUUAUAAUAUAUUCUAUGCUAUUUGCAAAAUUAUUUUGCUAUGGCUUUUUAGGAAUGUUUUAUGACGUACACUAUAAUUUUUUUAUUUUUAUGAAACACUAUACUAUGAUGUUUUGUGAUAUAUAUAUAACCUUUUCCUGACAUACUGUACUAUGACUUUUUUAAGAACGUUUUUAUGGCGUACUAUCCUACAUGCCAUGCAACCUGUAGCUUUCUACCAGUUGUCAUUACUAAACUGACAGACACUUGUUGGGGGGCGCAGUUUGAUACAGUAUCGAAUAAGUGUAAUAAAUGUAAGCUAUGUUAUAUUCAGGGCAAUCGGAAUCUUGUCAAUGUAAUUCAGUUUAUUUCAAAUUGCCAAAAGAGACAAAAAAUAAAUAUCGGACACAUUUCACCAGAUAUACAAACACAAAUUGUAAAAACAGGCAAGUUUAGUGCAAUCAAUAACUCUGUAAUCAGUGACAGACAGAAUUACAAACAAAGACUUCAACACAAAUGAGGUCAGGCGCAGGCAAAUUUGAAAGGGGGAUUAAGAGACACUGCAAACAAUGCCAUCCGAUAUGGAGCCAGAGUUUAGAGAAUCAACCCCAGACCCCCUUUUUACCACUUCACUCAAGUGCACUUAAAUAUUAUUCCCAUGAAAUCAUCUUUACAUUAUCUGUAAAGUCAAAAAUAGGAAGGUUGAUGAUUUGGAGAGACAGUCAUGCCAACACACAUGACCUCUGUGGUCAAUUAUUACAAUGAUGCAUGCAUAUGGACAAUAUGGUAGAAAACAGUAGUAAUCUUUUAAGUAUUUGUUGCUUUUAAGUUUAAACUAGACUAACAUUUAGUUUUAUUCUCUUUUUUAAUAAUUAUUUGCAAAUACUAUUUGACCCGUCUGGCUUGUUUGCUUAGAUCCAAGAGAUUUAACAUUGAAGUGGAAGUUAACCCUGUCAAAUCCCUUUUGGAGUCAUCUUGUUCUAUGUCUCAUUGGAUUUAAUUAGGAAAAUAGACAUCUAUAUUUUUGUUUCUACAUUAUUAUUAUUAUUAUUAGUGAAGUGUGCAAAGACUGCAAAACCUAUAAUAGUUUAAAAACAUUAUAACACUUUGCUUUAAUCCCCCCUACUCAGCAUUUAUAAGCAGUAUAAGUGUUUAUUAAUGUAUUUGUCAACAACUAUAACUCCUCCUGUGGGCACCCAUAAGGAGGAUGUUGUAUAAACAGAUAAUAAAUGAUAAUAUAGUAAAAUACAGAUGUAAUAAUAUAAAAUGUCUUCACAGGAGAACCUAGAAUUGUUGACAAUAACUGUACAUUAAUAACACUUUAAUGUCCUUAUUUCUGCUCAUAGUGUGUUAUACAGUUAACCCUUUAUUAAAUGUGAAUAUAGUGCUUAUAAAUGCUAAAAAUAGGGUUUAAAGCAAAGCGUUAUCAAACAUAAUGUUCGUUUGUUGACUAUUAACUUAAAACAACAGCAGACAUUGUAGCAGUAAUGGGAUUAAGAUUCAACAGCAUCACUUGAAAUAAAUGUCCAUGCAAUCUGAUUAAAAGUUGAAUAAACAGAUAAAGACACAUUCAUUGUCAUGUAACAUUGCUUGAAAAGAAGAAGGAUAUCCUGGGUUACAACACUUUGAGAAAAUGAUUGCUUUUUAGUCAGGAGUUCAGAUACUGAGCAUUCAUUUCUUUAGGCUUGCUGCAGGUUGGAUGGAGGAUUAGACAGUUAGUGUUUCUCAUGACUUGGAGGAAAAAGUAAUUUUGGGUGGUUUCAGCCUCUCUCCAUACAGCGAAGAAAAUAAUGUAAUCGUACUUCCAAAGCGCUUUCUCCUCCCUGUGCCUCCCUUCCUGUGGGUGAGACUCCUCGUACUCUCCUUUUGGUUUGCGCCCACCAGCUCCCCCAUCUAUCCGGCUGGCCACCCCCCUCCCAGUCCUCCCAGCAGCCUCUUAGGCCCCAAGCAGCUUCUUGACAAGGUAGCCCGGCAUGCUGUAGAGGAAGAGGCCCAGCAUGAUGAGCAGCAGUAGGGCAAGCACUAUCUUGAUGAUCAGCCACUUGUAGCGGUUGCACACCAGGUAGCGGAUGGCUUUCAGUGGGCUCAGGAACCACAGGAAGGUAGUGUCAGGGCGGCUAGAGGGAUGGAGAUUUUAGGAAGAGGAAAGUAAAGAAUUUGGUGAAGGUGGAUGGAGGAAGGAGUUAAUGAAGGGUGAGUGAGGGGAGAGAGAAAUGGGAUGAAACAUGGGUAAAAGAGAAAGCUGGCAUUAGUGUUGCAUCUAUUUGGAUGUGUUUUUUUACAACAGCAUGCUCACAUUUCUAAUAAUAUGUUGAUAAAAAUGGAUGGAUGACUGACCAACAACUCCAAACACUGAUGUUUCUCCAGUCUUUUUUAUAACCAGACAACCAUUGGUACCUCUGAGGGGUUUGAUGCUUUCAUUGUCAAUACUAUAAUUGUAUUUUAGUUUAAUUCAACUCCUGAUUGUAUUCAUAUUCAGGAUAUGAUACAGAACACUUGAAACAGUUAUUCAUAUUCUUGUGUGAUUAUUAUAUUAUUCUCUUUUUUUAGGUGCAGUUUUCCUGAACACAUAACAAAAGAAAACCAAAGAAACAUAGCUGCCUCUUGUCAGCUUAAGUCAUUAACUCAAGAGUAUUGUGUUAUGUUGUCAAUGCACAUCAACCAUGGUCGUGACAACUUGCAAGCUGGAAACAUGUGAAUCUUUCCCACCUCUACCAUCCAUCCUAUUUGCUGAAUAUGUAUAUGAGGCAUUUGGUGGCUGCCUGGCUCUCCAAGGCCUAAAAAAACGUCCCUGUGUGUUUCUAUACCGAACAGUUGGUCGAUUAAGACGUGUAAUGGCACUUGGUGGCAAAAGACACUGGCUUGAGCAAAUAUUUGAGACAAUAUACAGCAAAAAAGAGACUAUUCUAUAGCUGAGACAACAGAGGAGUAAACAAGAGAAAACAAAGAAACUGAGUUUUGGCAGGACAGGAGAAGAGGAGCUGGGACACGAAAAUCCAGGAUGCAAAGGGUCUAAAUAGAGAAGCAAAGACAGAGAGGAGGGGGCGGAGGCUACCAGCGCAUCAGGCCCCCAGCAUCUUCUUGACCAGGUAGCCAGGGAGUGAGUAGAGGAAGACGCCCAGCAUGAGCAGCAGCAGUAUCAGCCCCAGGACCUUGAGGAUCAGCCAGCGGUAGUUGUGCCAGAUGAAGUAACGAAUGGACUUCAGGGGGCCCAGAAACCAAAUAAGGCUGGUGUCCGGGCGACUUUGCGGAAGGAGGUAGAGAGAGGGAGGAAAGAAGGAAGGAAGGAAGGAAUGUAGAUGGAGGCAAAAACGGGAAGAAAUGGUAAGGAGAAAGGGGGAGUCGCACGCAGAAAGGAGGGGAGAGACAGAGGGAGACAGUUGAAGAGAUGGUAGGAGGAGAAACUGCCUUUUGACUACUGUGCAAAAAGCCCAAAUCACGUUUAUCAAAUAUGAAGUCCUGAUUUAUUGUGAUUUAUAACAUUUGAUUCACUGCUUUUUGCACUGUGAUGUUUUUCUUAAGGAGAUUUAAGGGACCGCACCAUACAACCAUCCUCAAAUUUGAAUAGUGAAAAAGGUGUGUGUGUGUGUUUGUGAGUUUUAAAUCCAUAUAUUUUGAAUAAACGUCAAUAUCUUACUUUGGUUUCUCCAGUGGAUCAGGCUCAUUUCGUCCGAGCCCUACAGGACUUUUCUCCGCCUCCUCUGCUGUCACCAGAUGAAGCUCAGCUUCUACCUUACCCUGCAAUGACAACAUGACAAUGCGAUAUAUCCAAAUUAAUCAAUCAGCUAGAUGUCUUGAGUAUACAAAUACUUUCGAUCUGGUUCUCUGUUCUGUCUGUAUAGAUGAACGGAGAGGUUUCCAAUCUUCUUGGGACCCACCACCAGUUUAUUGAACAUAGUGUUUUCUUGGAAAGGUUUAGACAUACACUUUCCUGUAUUUUGUACUUUAAUGUUAUUGCUUUUAUUGCUCUUUGUUUACUUGCAUUCUUCUUUAUAAUGUUGAAUUCAAUUCAGAUUUUACUCCGUUGGGGGUGGCUUUCUAGCUGCUGUUUUGAAAUUAUUUUUUAAGUAAUUUCAAGAUGAUGAUUUCACAUGUGGUGCCAAACUGCAGUUGUGACUUUGGUCAUGCUGCUGUGCUCUGUAUUUCACAACUCACCGUUAGCUCCAUCUCAUCGUUCUCAUCGCGGGCUACAAACGGCCACCAGCCCUUGACCCUCUUUUGUUUGAAGAUGGAAAUAGUGGGCAGCUCCUGCUCGUUUCGGAUCAUACCAAGGGAACACUGCUUGGCUGUCUUGGCGCCACGAGGGAACCGGUUCAGGUCCAACUCAAUCGCACCUGCGAGUGGUGAUAGUCAAAGACAAAAAGGAUGGUGACACUUCAGCAUUUUUGUUGUGGAACAUCAGAUGGAAAGUUCUGUAAUUGUUCCCAUCAGGCCUCACCCAGGAAGUCAUCAGCAGAGAAGUGGUCGGCGUCCCAGACCUGCAGCGUGAGACGAGGAGGGAUCUUGUAUUCAGUCUCAUCCCAGGAGAACAUAGACUCUUUCUUAGAGAUUACAAUCUUCUCCUCAGCCAUGAGGUAAUCGAAGGGAAAGACGAAGCGCCAGUUGAAGUUGCCUUCACCAGUCAGGGAGUGAUAGUGCACAUCUGUGUCCUGCUUGUCCUCCUGCUGCCCUUUCAGCCAUCUGCAGGAAGUACGAUAGAGCAAAGUUAGGUUGACCUACAGGAUCAUGGUUUGGAUGAGUGGAUAGAUGUUUGAUUUUGUCAGUCAUGCACUUCUAAGUUAUAUUAAGAAGGGAAUUGCAAUUGUCUGUCAGUUACUGAAUAUUCAUUUUGUUGAUUUAAACAAGAGCAUAGGACAGGUUAAAUGUACCAGUGUGCCAACAAGAGAGAUGAUGCUAAUAGGACAUAAUCAAAACACAUAAUGUGGCUCCCCAAAAGCAAAUCAGAUUGUGUGUGAGAUAAUGACAAAAAAGUUGAAUGAUACAUAAAACCUGAUUUGAUGUUGGAGCUUCACACUAUUUUCAAAGCCAUGCAUACACAAAGCUUGCAAAAAUGCCAUUAGUGAAAUUUUCCUGAAAUGUUCCUUAAAAAACUAAAACUUUCAUCUUCAGUGUCUGGAUUCAGAUAGCAGAGGAUCAAAGGCUAUGAGGUCAGUCUCUGCUGACUGGAGCUCUUUCAUUAACAGUAGAGUGAGACUGGCUUUAUUAGUGAGGAGGAACAGGAGGGAAGCUGUACUCUCAGUUCUCAAAACCAAAAACAUCUCAGUGAAUAGUAGAAAAAUGUGAAGGCAAGUGCUGUGAUUUGGUAAUUGAGAUGCACUGGCAUACAUUAGACUGGGGUUAAUGUGAGAAAGUGUUGGGUUGUUGCUUGGCUACAAAAGACACAAGGUCACUAAAACAUGCCUGCUCCAUGUGACCCAACAACUGAAUUAUAACCACUGAAUCACAAUGUUGGAUCCAUCUGGAACAACCCCAUCUUCCCUUCUUUACUGUCAAUGCAGACAGUUUGGUCAGCAACUAACUUUCUACAACACUGCAUAAAUACUCUUAUUAUCCUCCAUGUAUUUAGGGUUGUUUGAGGAUGGCACCCAGUUUGUUAUAGUGCAGUCCUGUGGUGAUACAUCUAUGGGUGGCACCAAGUCAGCUGACGGGAAAAUUAGUUUUGUUCAGAUGCAGGAUUUUGGAGGCUCCGCAAAACACUGACAUAACUUUAAACAGGAGUUUAAGUUAAUAUCCUUUUAGAGAUUUCACAAGUAACGACAAUAAAACCUCAAUUACAAUGAAGUCAUUAAUAAUGGCUGCAUUGCAUUUAGGUGUCAGUUCUUUAAACUGGUUUUAUUGUGCAUUCUGUACUGACAUCGCCUACUGGGACAAUUGAGACAUUAUUUAUGUUAUUAGUUACCCCAUUGCUCUAUUAUUCGUCGAUGGUCACAUUAUACUGCAAGCCUGUGAACAUUUGCUGCGUCUUCCAUUCACUUUAAUGGCGGUUCAUAUGAUAAAUGAAUUAAGGCAUACAUUCCCUAUUUAUUUUUUGGGGGUUCAAUGUGAUGCAAAUUCAUUGGACAGAAGACUAAUGUAACUGCACCUUAGAAAGGGUCCACAUCGGAGCUCUGUCGUACUGCCAUGCAUAUUCUUUACUGAUAUACAUGCAACAAGCUCCAAACACCAUCAAAUUGAAAUCACAAAUAUCUUUACUUCAAGUAAAAUCAAUAAUACAGGACCAAACCUUAAACAAGCUUGACUUUGGAAAUAGUAGUUUGACAAAAUAUAAAAUGAUUGUUUAAUGAAAUAAAAUAGUAGUUUGACAAUAAAUAAUGAAAAUGAUAGUUUAACAAAAAAGGGAAACAAGUAGGUUAACGAAAUGUUAGUUUGACAAAGUAAAAGGUUUGACCAAAAAAAUGGUAGUUUAAGGAAAUAAAAUAGAAGUUUUACAAUAAAGGAAAUUGUACUGUAGUUUAACAAAAUAAAAUAAAAUCGCAGUGUAACAAAAAAGAAAAUGGUAGUUUGACAAAAAACAACAACCUGUAGUUAGUCAUGAUAAUGUCAGUUGAUUAUGUUCAAAAAUAUCAAUUUCUCUUACACUUGAACCACUUUAUGUAUGUAUUUAUUUCAAUCUCAGCAUAUCUGUGGAUUAUUUUGGCAUAUAUACGACUAUGAUCAUGAUUGUACUCAGCAAGUUGUUUAUGUGGUUUGAUCCUGACUGAACUCAUUUUUCAUUUGGCAAUAGUUUUGAGCGUGCUAUUUGGAGAGUUUAAGACAAGCAAGGUUACGUGCUGGAUGGAGGGUUGAGGCAGGAAGUGAGAAAGGGAAGAAAUAAAUGAGUCCAGGAGGAAGGAAGGGAGGUAUUGUACGAGCCAUGCGAUGGAAUCGCGUGUUUACCCCCUGACAUAGAUGUCAGACAUCUUCUCUCCUGUCAUGAAACCAUCGUCCUCUAGAAUUACGUCAUCAGUGUUCCAAAUAACAACACGAAGCUCAAAGCUAGACAGCAGCAGAGCAUUGACCAGAGGAGAGAGAGAGGACGACAGACAGACAGACAGGAGACACACCACAAAC